AUGCACACUCCAGCCUCCAUGGUGAUGGGGAUCGUAUUCUCCCCCCUGGGACUUGUUCUCGUCUUCACCGCUGCCAUCACCCCCCAGUGGAGAGAGGGACAAGCGCGUCUGGGAAUGACGGGGCCGUGGUCAUUUCUUCGGCCUGGCGUCAAAGGUCAAGGGACUGGGGUCAAGCCCGUGGAGGCCCUGCUCCUGCUGCGCUCCGACGGACUGUGGGAGAGCUGCCUGCAGGUGGAGCACUCCGAGCUGAAGCAGUGCUGGCCUGUGGCGGGUCCGUACCAGAGGGACCCCCGGGUUCGCCUGGCGCAAGGUCUGAUCCUGACCUCCUUGUUCCUGUGUGGCACUGGGAUCGUCCUGGCCUGCAUCGGGGUCCGGUGCUGGACAGAUCUGCCUCUGAGGGGCAUCGCAGCCACAGGUGGGCUCCUGGUGGUGAUGGCCGGCCUGCUGAGCCUCACUGCCCUCGGGGUGUACACACACAACCUGGGAAAGCUGGGGCUGACGACACCGGGCCCGGGGCUCCAUCACCACAGGUCGCCCCUCCUCAUCCUGCGUCCGGCCGGCUCGCUGUACUUUGGGUGGCUGGGGUCCUGUCUGCAGAUGCUGGGGGGCAGCGCUCUGCUGUUCGGCUUCAAAAAACCAAGAUGUCCGACCUGCCCGUCUUGGCCGGAGGUGCCCGUGUGCCCGGCGUGCCGCUCAUUUCCAGACAUCACCAACAAGGGAGACACAGAUGUAUAUGAAGUCACCUGUUAA